AUGACGCGUGGGCCGCUCUCGCCGCCGAUGCGGUUCGGCAUCGUGGCCUUUCCUCAGAGCAUGCCCGAUUCGAGCGAUUCGGGCUCGAGUAUGGGCACUUCGUCGCGUAUUACGUCGUUCUCCGAAUGCCUGUACCGCGGCGCGUAUCCCAAGCACCGGAACCUGCCGUUUCUCGAGACGCUGCAUCUUCGAACCAUUGUGUCGCUGACACCCAAACCCAUUGAUAGCGAUCCAGUUGUUUCCACCUGGGCGCGAGCGCAGAAUGGCGGUGCCGGUGUGCACAUUAUCCACGUACGCACCGAAAAGCCCAAGGAAGAGACAGGUGGUCUCACGCACGAAGGCGCUGCGCGUGCGCUCAUGGAGGUACUGAACCGCGAGAAUCUGCCACUAUACGUGCACUGCCUUGACGGUGUCGAAGUCACGUCGACGCUGGUGGCGUGCCUGCGCAAGAUCCAAGGCUGGAGUAGCGCAGCCCUAGGUGAAGAGCUUACGCGCGGCGUCAACGCUGCUGCAGGCCGCUACUCGGGCACAAUCGAGGCCGCGCCUAAACACCUGGUUCAGUUUGUGGAGCGGUAUGGCCAGACAGAGGACGUGCUGCUUCCCCAGCGUGACCGCAUCCCUGUGUGGCUCUGGCCCUCGCUGCAUGUGCCACUGAGCCCGCACGACAACUGGAACGAAAAGCGGCCGACCGUGCUGCAUCCGACGCUGCGCAUCCAGUUUGAGCGCAGCGAAAGUUACAUUGCUGCCCAGCAAGCACGCUUUGGCGCGGUAUGGAGCCUCGUCUCCCAUUCGCGAUCGCAUACACCCACUUCGCUCUCCAUCUCCGACAGCUCAGACGGGCAAGGCGGCCACCCAGACUCACGGGCCCCGUCUCCUAGCGUUCACAACGUGUCGCGCCGCUAUUCGGAUCACGACCUCGUGCGGAUCCGCACUUCGCGCCUCCGGUGGGAGAGCACAGAUCCGGGCGAUCCAGCCGUGAACUAUUCGCGUAGCCCGCCUACGACAACCAUGGACGACCAGGAACUUCGCACGCCGCGCGCACGGCCGUCAAACAUGCAAGGUGAUGUGCCGCCACUCUCUGCGCUGGAUGGGCAGGGCACACGCGCGGUCCGUUCGCUCGCCGAAUCAGAGCUAAUGCAUACGACGGACUUGCCAUACGAUGAGCGUACGCCGCUGGCCAUGCCUUACGAUGCGGCACAGCCCGAGUGGCGCAACCGCCGCAUCGACGAUAUCCCUCCGCUCGGCCUUGAUGCGCACGCUUAUCUAGGCUCAGGCUUGCCUCGUCCAUGGGCCCCACGCGUCUCUGAAUCUGCCACACCGGCGCCUGAGGCGGAUGACUCGGUGGACGACAUUGACGACAUUGACGAUGAAGUGGAUGACGAAGACGACUUGGAUGCCAAUGGUGCCAGCCUUGUGCUGGAAGCCCUGGACUUGGAAGGCUAUUAA